UUUAAAUCUAAUUGAGUCAUUUCAAUAAUAUAACCAAACUUAUUGAAGUAAUUUUUGUCGUAGUUGAAAAGUACUGUGAAACAAUAGGAAGCACGCGCUUUGCGGUUUGAACCAACUCACUAGCAACAUAUUGGAUAUUGGAUGUCAUGGGAAUUGGCAUUGGGCUCAAGGUCUGGGCGCGGCGUUUCGGAGCUUAGACGUGUGGUGAUACACGAGGCUAGUUUUACACAAACAGCUUUGAGUUUUUGGCUUCUACUUGAAAGUCGUACGGUAUGGCUUUUUUGUGUGUUGAACUAUUCUCAGUUGUGCAAUAUUUUCGGCUAGCCUAACGAAAUUAUAUUUAGUUGAUUGUACGCGGUCGACAACAGUAUUUGUUUUAAUAGUCUUUGUAAAACUACUAACCCUUGUCGUCUUGCCUUCGUGUUUGCACACCCAUUUUCACACAGUUACUCAUCGACUGGAACUAGUAAGCUAGGUCUUUCGGUUCACGAUGCGGUUGCCUUAAACGCGAAUUACUGAGCGCUAACAAGUCCAUUCUUAAAAAUACUUAGUCCGAGAGUUAUGAAGAAUCAAGAUAUCAAUAGGCCCUCAAAUCGUCAUACGUUCCCUUUCUUCCUGUUGUAGUGAGUUCUCAUAUCUAUAAAAUAAAUUCCUCUAAUAUUCCUUCAGCAUUGCUCGUCACCUACUGUUGUCGACACGUUUUACGUAGUUGCUUCAUUGUCUCACUGAAUCGUCUAUUAUUCCCUAAGUUUUAAAUAAUAUACCUACCUUUCCCUACAGCCAUUUUCGGUUUUCUGUUGUUGUCCCCACUCAUUAUUGUCUUAUUGCUAUAGGAUUUAGUGCCUUAAUUAUGACCUUCAUGGCCACUGCUUCGUAUUAGGUCCUACGUUACAUGUCGGUGAGACUAUAAUUUAUGGACGACUUUUAAGCGGCGCGGAAGUGACCAUUAGAGUGGACACCUACUCAUUAGGACUUAAUGGGGGUUAUAAAGCAGUUAGAAUUCUCAUUUACAAUUGAUGGUUAGGGUUGAAAAAUAUAUUAAGGGUUCUCAUCACGAACUGACAUCAGCUAUAAUACCAAGAUUCUAUUUAGCCAAAUGUAUGGGUGGAUUUCGCCCCAAAAUUUGUGACUCGUUAUUUUAUAUCUGAUUGGUUCGUCGAUAAAUUAUAGUCUCGCCGUAGCAGUGGUUGGAGAUCCUGGAUGAUCAAUAAAGGAAGCAAAUAUCCACUUAAUAUCCAUCCAUUUUCUACGUGUAUUCCCGUUUAAUGUUGCACUUCUAUUACGUUAUGCCUAGUCAGUCAAGACUAUAAUUUACUGACGACCUUUGAGCGACGCCAGUGACCUUGACAAUUUAGCAACCCAGGAUUGAGUGAUGUCUAUAAUUUAGUAUGAGGAAUUAGGAUUAGGAAGUAGUUAGGGUUUUCAUCACGAACUGACAUCAGCUAUAAUGCCAGUGCUAUUUGGCCGUAUGAAUAAAUACAUUUCGCGUCAAAAUCGAAGACCUGCUACCUUAAGUCUUAUUGGUUAACCCGUAAAUUAUAUUUCUACCCACUUUUGUUACAUUUAGGCUUAAUAUUCAUUUAAACGUGGGUAGGACUUCCAGGACAGUAGCUGCAUAAGCGUGGCCAUGUGUGAACAUCUCGAGAGAAUAGACUUUCCACCCUCGACCAUACAAGGACAUUUAGGAGCAAAGCGUUCUCCGGGAGUGGUUUUAAGCGAUUCUACGUUAAAACAUCCAUUUACUGAAAAUGACGUCAUCUAGAAUCUUACACCACAGACAUGCUGACUGCACGUACUCUAUGCAUGUCAGUAAACCACCAUGUAUUAACCUACGGGCUACAUACAGUUUAGGUACCUAACAAUACCAUCUGACAGCUGAUUUCACCUCAAAUAAAACUUUUGGAUGAUACCUAGUCUCACCAACUACUAUUUGUUUGUAACACCAAAAAUAUGGUGCAUAACGUUAAUAUUUAAAGUCCUUACCAGCUACCAGAAUGGUUUGUCACUUUUCAUCUUUGUUUACCUAUACUUCCUUCUGAAGUUAAUACGUCAUUAAUAAACCUGAAAAUCGGAAAACGGCACCUAUCCAUCUUCUAAAUUUGUUUUACACAAACAACUUAGCCAUCUUAUCUAGUCUAUAUUUUAUUUUUAGUCGCGUCACUCAAUAAAGUUUGUCAUUAAAACUACAUUUGACUCCGUUGAUCAGUAGUUAAAGUUGCUGAAUGACAUGGCUCAAAACCGAUCACAAUAGCAUAGAUGCAUUCACUCCCUGUCUAUUCCUAGAUCCUGGGUUUCAGAAUUACUUUGGACUGUUUAUUCCAUGAUCUAUUCCUAAUUUUUCCACUAGCACUUCGGUACUCAUCUUGAUAAUUUCAUCCCUCUGUGCUGAUAUGCUGUGACAACUAGAACCGACGCUGAUGUAUGCCAGAUUCUACGUUAUUCAUGACGCGUUGGUCUGUUGGACUCACACGUCACUCAAAGGUGUAUCAAAGAAGUAAAUGAACCUCCUGUAGACUGUUACAACACAGUCGAGUCCGAUUUUAUAGUAAACUGUCAUAUGAACUGACAAUAUUAAGUUAUAUUCAUAAGUGCCGCAAGAUUUGUCCCAGGCAUUUCGAAAAUAACACUGUCUGACUUCAGUAAUAAAUUUAUCAGACUCACUUAUCAACUUAGAGUAUGUAGAUGAUAUAGUUCUGUUCGACAAGAACGCUGAUAAAAUGCUAUUUCCUAAACCCCUUGUGAUCCAUUUCAAUUACUUGGAAAUGCGUCUCUCUACCACUUUGGAGCUGGUCUACAUCAGCAUUUCUGUCUGUAGAAAGUGAAAUGAUACACCAUGUUAGCCGCUUAUGAAUUCCAAUGGGUCUUUGGCUGAUGAAGUAUCGACACGGAUUUAAAACAAGCAACUUGAUUUUCGCUAGCUUGGGUCACUCGUGGCGUAAGCGGGAUUUCCAUCUCACUGUGAAGGUGCAAUUAUACUGCAGUCCACUCUGUAUUACUUGGUGACUGAAAUAUGCUUUAUGAAAAUAGAAGGCGUUCUUAAGUUGCGAAUUUUCGACCAUACUUUUCAAAGCAUUUAUCACGUAUCAUGAAACAAGUUGGUUAGGUCGUGAAACUUCCUUGACUUAGGUGAAUGGAAUAUGUGUUAUGUAUCCCUAACUGCUUCCUACCCUUUUGCUCGACGGUAGCAUAUAUAAAAGUAAGUUGAGAGAAAGCUAAGGACAUCUAAACCUUUAGUUCAUAAAGCCAUUGAUUGUUAAGAACACUGUGUAACAUGACUCGAAAGCAGUCUAAAUGUCAUAAAUGCAUUUACUGCCUAUCGUUUAAUUUUUGUCUAACAAUCAGUACAAACUUUUGCCUAAAUUCAUCCGUUUGAGAACCGUACUUCCUCAUUUUUAGUGUUUCUCAUGGCCAUUGAUACUACUGUUUUUUUUCGACUCAGAAUUCAUCUUCAUUUCACUGUACCGAAAUGUUGCGUCGACUUGGAACGAUGCUUGUUUCCUGUUUGUUGAUGGAAUAUAUUUGUGGUCAAACGUUCGACAUUGAAUCCUACUAGUUUUCCUAGUCGAUAUGUGUCCAUCGUAUGCAAUAUUAUAGUCUGUUAUCGUAAGCAGUUAAAUAUUAUGUGCGUCUAAUUUUUGGGAAAAUAAGAUGUAACCAAUAUUACUCUUUUAGUUUCAGGCAAUUUCGAAUAAACUUCUCAAUUUCGCAUCUCAGUGAUCUUGAGACUAUUAUUUACAAUGAAAGUUACAUUUCUUUAACAUUGGUACUCCUCAAUUCAUCUCAUAACCUCUCAGUAAACCAAUGUCGUCUACUGCAUCUGUAGUCCCCAAUGUUUCAUAUCAUUUGCCCAAGCCUGUUACACAGAAUUUCCAGCACUUCGAUUGUGGUUCUGAUGGGUCAGUGUUGGGAUUCAGCCAUCAAUCUCCCCAAAAUAAUGAUUAUGGGCCUACUACUAAUUUUAUGAAGUCAGAGUCAUCUAUAUCCGCUUCUAAACUAGUUUCCUAUAACUUAGAUAACGCUUUACGUCUAUCAUUAAAGUCAUCUACAGUCCCGCUUAAUGGGCAUAUAUCAAAUUAUACAGAAAAACUGUCUCAACGACCUUUGUCUUUCCAUGAAUCGUCAGCCCCUCCUCUGGAUUCAGUAAUCAAGCAGAAAAUCCAAAGUUUACCCAGAUCUUUGAUCCUAGAAGAUUCGGAAGAAUGUAAAUCCGUCAAAAAAAGUUCUCCUGAAAAUAAACUCCUAUGUUCCGAUGAUGAACUUGAUCAUUUGUGUCAAACCGGUGCUCAUUGUAUUCCAAAAAGAGCUUUGGGAUUUGGUAACUCUGGAAAUACAUGUUAUCUUAACUCUGUACUUCAAUGUAUUUUGGCUACUGGACCUCUACUUGCAUAUAUUAACCAUAAACAUUCAAACCCUAGUAGCUGUAUCAUAACUAAUGGUCGGUCCAGCCUUCCAAGCUUAAACAAAUCUCGGUUUUGUGUUUUAUGCGGUCUUUCUCGUCUUAUUAAUGAACAUCACUCUCAAAAUGGACGUACAAUUCCUUCUUACUUUGUAACAAAUGUUCGAGCUAUUUGCCCCAGUCUUCGUCCUUAUCAACAAGAAGAUGCACAUGAAUUUCUACUUGGACUUUUGUCAAGAAUGGAAGAUAGUUCAUUGGCAAGUUUUGGCAAAGUGUCUCGUAAAAUAUCUGAAACAAAUGUCAUCAGGAGGAUCUUUGGUGGUAUAAUACGUUCAGAAGUGACCUGUCAUUCUUGCCUCAAAGUUUCAGCGCGGGAUGAACAAUGCUUUAAUUUGUCUAUGGAUAUCACUUGCGCUCGAAGUUUACAGCAAUGUCUGUGUAAUUAUAUUCGUAGUGAAGAGUUAUCAGGUCAAAAUGCUUAUAAAUGUGAAAAUUGUCAUCAACUUCGACCAGCUAUGAGAAAAUGUACCAUUUAUCGAGCACCACCUAUACUUAUUAUCCAGCUAAAUAGAUUUUCACGUCAUCAAAAACUUGAUAUACGUGUAGAUUUUCCUUCAUCAUUUAAUUUACGUCCAUUUAUGACACAAUCAAAAGGUUUACCAAUAUUAUAUAAAUUAUAUGCUAUAGUUAAUCAUGAAGGAUAUAGUUGUCGUAGUGGACAUUAUGUAUCAUUUACUCUACGUCAUGGUCAAUGGUUAUCACUUAAUGAUAGUUUUGUUGCAACAACAAAUCCUGACCAUGUUUUACGUCAGUCACCCUACCUACUGUUCUAUGAAGCGGUUCGUAAUUCAACUAACAGUACAGUUACUCGUACAGUAACCUCUAAGGAAUCUUCACUAGACACUAAUACUCCGAAGCUAAAUAACUCCCAGUUACCUCUUGUUAAUGAUACAGUCAAACAACAACAGUCUAUUACAAAACCUUAUUUAUCAUCAUCAUCGUCUACACAGCCUAAUCAUCAUAAAUCUUUUAACAUCAUAAAACAAACAAAUUUACCAUCUGUUACCACAUCAUCUGUUAUUUCUCAAAGUACUUCAUUUACUAAGACACCAACAAUUAAUUCAUUGUGUUGCAGUAAUCCUACCACAAACACGGUAUCAUCCGUACCGAAAAUUGUUUUUAAUCCUAAACUUUCAUUAAAUAAAAUAAACAUCCUGACCUCACCAAUUGUUCCUUCUACAUCGAUAUCAAAUGGUCCCAUUAAUUCACUGUCUUUUACUUCGAAGAAUAAAAAUAUUCAAGAUAUAGUAGAAUGUGGUAAGAAUCAUCAUUCAAAUAUUAUAUCAACAGUACCUUCAGCCAGCAGUAGUACUAAUGGUACGACAACAACCAUCUCUUUAUCAGCGGCCACUGUCCGGGAGUUGCUCUAUGGAAAAGAAACAUCAUCAAAUUUAUGGACUGAACGUCCAACACCAAUAAACGAGUCUGUUUUAUCAUUGUCGUCGACUUCAUCAUCAUCUUCAACAAUAACAACAUUAUCUCAUUGUAUUAAAAAUCCGACUAGUGAACAAUCAUCAGUUACUCUUUGUAAUAAUUCAGAUAAUCUAACCACAAUCAGUACUACAAAGGUACAAACCACCUCAUCUCAAUUACCUUCAGUUAAUACUGCAGGCUUAAAAGAUAAACAAUAUGAAUUGACAAAUCCUUUAGUGGACUAUUCUUAUGAGGAAUCGGACAGUGAUAAAAAUGGUUCACCACCUCCUCACAAGCGAAGUCGAACAACAUACAGUGGCUCUGACUCUGGCAUUGUUUGGGUUCCCGGCAAUCAUAAUGAAAAAUCCAAAAAGCAUCAUACUUAUAAAUCUUCAUCAGAUGAACAUAAACGUCAUAAGAAAAAGCAUAAAAGUCGUCAUUCAUCUAAACACAGUUCUUCCCAUCAUAAUUCAUGGAAUGGUUCCGACGAUAACCAUCACCGUCAUAAUCAUCGUAAUCGGGAGCUCGAUCGUAGCAGUAGUCUGCCUCGUCCUUCUUCUCAUCAUCAUCAUGACAAGCAUCGUCGCCGUCAUCAUCAUAAAAAAUAUCGACAAGAGUCACCUGAUUCCAAAAAUCACCGCUUCCAUUCACAUCAUAAACACUACAAACAAUCUCAUAGUCAUGAAAAUGGAUACAGGUAAAAAAAGAAAGAAAUCCCAUUGUUUAAUCUGCUGCUUCUACAUCAAACAAUUAUUUUUUUGCAUGCAUUCUUACACUGAUGGAACCUGUACUUCAAUCUCUUUCUAUCCUUAAUACAUAUGAUAAACACAUUGUCUUGAAUUGGCCUACCAUAUCUGCAAAGAAAAAUUAUUUUUUUCAAAUGACAAUGCAAAAUGAAUUCAUUAACAAAGAUCAGUAUUUGUCUAUAACCUGGUGUGUAUUGCUUAUGAAGUCACCUCUCUAUUUCUUCAUUAUCCAAGCUUGUUUUUCUUUAGUUAUUUUAUAUUUUCUCACUUUUGUAUUUAAAUUAGGUCUAAUAAUUCAAACAUAAAAAUGUACAGUUAUGUUCUUCUUUUUUUUCUCUUCUAUAAACUAUCAUGUUAUCGACGAAUGACGAUUACACAACCAAUUCAUCCAUAUGAUAUAACAUUGCAUACAUUAAGCCUAUAAAAAUUGAAGAAGAAAACAAAAGAGAAAGACGGAGAUGCAUUGUAAUUUAUUAUUUCCUAAAAUCCUACCAAAUUUUAAAUGAGGAUUUUACUGCUCCAUUAAUUAACGUUCUGUAUUAUUGUCUUCAAUGUUAUUAAUUCUUUUUUUUUACUUGUUUACUUUAAAGUGAUGUCGACUACGCUUUUUCACUGUGUUUUUUUUUCUGUACGUAGCUAUAAAAGUUUUC